GUCUCCGUGGAAAACAAUGCAAACGCCGAGCGUCGUGCCUGGGGCGCGGCGGCUUCUCUAGCUCUGAGGAGCGCACGACCGUGGGACCCUCCAAUCUCUUGGCGGAGGGCGUGGAGGAGGCUGGAGGGAGAACGGCCCACGCAGUGUUUGUGUGGCUGGGUAGAGAUCCGGAGGUGCCGGCGCAGAACCUCCCGGAGGAGGUUUUCGAGCCGCGGUCCCCACUGCGCGGUCUAGGACUCCGAGCCAGAGCUGCGCGCAGCGGAGCAAGCCGGCCGGUUCUCCAGAGCUAUGGGGACAUCCUGCCCGGCCUUCUUGGUCCUUGGCUGUCUCCUCACAGAGCUGAGCCUAAUCCUCUGCCAGCUUCCACUGCCCUCCAUCCUUCCAAAUGAAGAUGAAAAGGUCGUGCAGCUGAAUUCAUCCUUUUCUCUGCGGUGCUUCGGGGAGAGUGAAGUGAGCUGGAAGUACCCCAUGACUCCAGGAGACGUCCCCGACGUGGAGAUCAGAAAUGAGGAAAACAACAGCGGCCUUUUUGUGGCGGUGCUGGAAGUGGCCAAUGCCUUGGCGGCCCACACCGGCUGGUACACUUGCUACUACAACCACACACAGACGGAGGAGGGCGAGGUCCAGGGCAGGCACCUUUACGUCUAUGUGCCGGACCCAGAUGUGGCCUUUUUGCCUCUAGAAAUGACAGAUUACAUAGUCCUCGCAGACACCGAUGACUCUGCCAUCAUACCCUGUCGCACAACAGAUCCCAAGACUCCCGUAACCUUACACAACAGCCAGGGGCUGGUGCCAGCCUCCUACAACAGCAAACAGGGUUUUAAUGGGACCUUCGACAUGGGGCCCUACUUCUGCGAGGCCAUUGUCCGAGGGAAGACGUUCCAGACAAUGCUGUUUAAUAUUGUUACUUUGAAAGCUGCACCACAGCUGGAUCUUGAAAUGGAAGCUCUGAAAACUGUGUAUAAGUCCGGGGAAACUAUCGAGGUCACCUGCGCUGUCUUUAACAAUGAAGUGGUUGACCUUCAAUGGAGUUACCCUGGAGUAGUGAAAGGCAAAGGCAUCCUGAAGCUGCAGGAAAUCAGAUUUCCGACCAUCAAGUUAGUGUACACUCUGACGGUCCCUGACGCCACAGUGAAAGAUAGCGGCGACUAUGAAUGUAUCGCUCGUCAUGCCACCGAGGAUGUCAAAGAAAUGAAGAAAGUCACCAUUUCCGUACAUGAGAAAGGGUUUGUUGAGAUCAGGCCUACUUUUGGCCACAAGGAAGCUGUCAACCUGCAUGAAGUCAGACAUUUUGUGGUGGACAUACAGGCCUACCCACCUCCCCGGAUAGCCUGGCUGAAGGACAACCUGACACUGAUUGAAAACCUCACUGAGAUCACCACUGAUGUGGAAAAGAUUCGGGAAAUAAGGUAUCGAAGCAAACUGAAGCUGAUCCGUGCCAAGGAAGAAGACAGUGGCUAUUAUACUAUUGUGGUUCAAAAUGAAGACGACGUGAAGAGCUACACUUUUGAACUGUUAACUCAAGUUCCCUCAUCCAUCUUGGACCUGGUUGAUGACCACCAUGGCUCUGCAGGGGGACAGACUGUGAGGUGCAUGGCUGAAGGCGUUCCUCUUCCUGACAUUGAGUGGAUGAUCUGCAGGGACAUUAAGAGAUGUAAUAAUGAAACGUCUUGGACAGUUUUGGCCAACAAUGUCUCAAAUAUCAUCAUGGAGAUACAUCCCCAGGGCAGGAGUAUUGUGGAGGGCCGAGUGACAUUCGCCAAAGUGGAGGAGACCAUUGCAGUUCGAUGUGUGGCCAAGAAUCUCCUUGGGUCUGGGAACCGAGAGCUGAAGCUGGUGGUUCCCACCUUGCAUUCUGAACUCACGGUGGCAGCUGCAGUCCUGGUGCUGUUGGUGAUUGUGAUCAUCUCACUGAUUGUCCUGGUUGUCAUUUGGAAACAGAAACCGAGGUAUGAAAUUCGCUGGAGGGUCAUUGAAUCAAUCAGCCCUGAUGGACAUGAAUAUAUUUAUGUGGACCCAAUGCAACUGCCUUAUGACUCCAGAUGGGAAUUUCCAAGAGAUGGACUAGUGCUUGGUCGCAUCCUGGGAUCUGGUGCCUUUGGGAAAGUGGUGGAGGGAACAGCAUACGGGCUAAGCCGCUCCCAGCCUGUUAUGAAGGUGGCUGUGAAGAUGCUCAAACCCACAGCCAGAUCCAGUGAAAAACAAGCUCUCAUGUCUGAACUGAAGAUAAUGACUCACCUGGGACCACAUUUAAACAUUGUGAACUUGCUGGGAGCCUGCACCAAGUCAGGCCCCAUUUACAUCAUCACUGAAUACUGCUUCUAUGGAGAUUUGGUCAACUAUUUGCAUAAGAAUAGGGAUAGCUUCCUGAGUCAGCACCCGGAGAAGCCUAAGAAAGAAUUGGACAUCUUUGGAUUGAACCCUGCAGAUGAAAGCACAAGGAGCUAUGUGAUUUUAUCUUUUGAAAACAAUGGUGACUAUAUGGACAUGAAGCAAGCUGAUGCCACACAGUACGUCCCCAUGCUAGAAAGGAAGGAGGUUUCUAAAUAUUCGGAUAUCCAGAGAUCGCUCUAUGAUCGUCCUGUCUCAUAUAAGAAGAAAUCUAUGCUAGAUUCAGAAGUCAAAAACCUCCUCUCGGAUGAUAACUCUGAAGGCCUUACUUUGUUGGAUUUGUUGAGCUUUACCUAUCAAGUUGCCCGAGGAAUGGAAUUUUUGGCAUCAAAAAACUGUGUCCACCGCGACCUGGCUGCUCGCAAUGUCCUCCUGGCGCAAGGGAAAAUCGUGAAGAUCUGUGACUUUGGCUUGGCUCGAGACAUCAUGCAUGAUUCGAACUAUGUGUCAAAAGGCAGUACCUUCUUGCCCGUGAAGUGGAUGGCUCCUGAGAGCAUCUUCGACAACCUCUACACCACCCUAAGUGACGUCUGGUCUUACGGCAUUCUGCUCUGGGAGAUCUUUUCUCUUGGUGGCACACCCUACCCUGGCAUGAUGGUGGAUUCUACUUUCUACAACAAGAUCAAGAGUGGGUACCGGAUGGCCAAGCCUGACCAUGCCACCAGUGAAGUCUAUGACAUCAUGAUGCAGUGCUGGAACAGCGAGCCAGAGAAGAGACCCUCCUUUUACCACCUGAGUGAGAUUGUGGAGAGCCUGCUGCCAGGACAAUACAAAAAGAGUUAUGAGAAAAUCCACUUGGACUUCCUGAAGAGUGACCAUCCUGCUGUGGCCCGCAUGCGCGUGGACUCAGACAACACAUAUAUUGGUGUCAUCUACAAAAAUGAGGAAGACAAGCUGAAAGACUGGGAGGGUGGCCUGGAUGAGCAGAGACUGAGCGCUGACAGUGGCUAUAUCAUCCCGCUGCCCGACAUCGAUCCUGUGCCUGAGGAGGAAGACCUGGGCAAGAGGAACAGGCACAGCUCACAGACCUCUGAAGAAAGUGCCAUUGAGACAGGUUCCAGCAGUUCCACCUUCAUCAAGAGAGAGGACGAGACCAUUGAGGACAUCGACAUGAUGGAUGACAUUGGCAUAGACUCCUCAGACCUGGUGGAGGACAGCUUCCUGUAACUGGCAGAUCCAGUAGGCAACUUCCACUCCUGGAGCCACCUGUGGGACCCUUUAGGAAAACCACUUUAUUGCAAUGCAAAGGUCUAGAAGAGGACUUGGAUAAUGGGUGAAGAGGACUUCCUGAAGGGAGCUGGGGAGCCUUCUGAAUCUGAAUGAAUGGGAUUUUUGAAAUAAACUUUUUUGGUAUUGCCUCUUGCAAUACUUCAGUAGCAUCUCAGUGGCCUGUGAAGUUUGGAAAUAUAUGGACAGGGAAUAGCAGGCCACAGAAAAUGAACUUUGUGUUUCAAGGGCAUUGGUGAGAUUUCCACACACACAAUUUGUACUGCAACAAAACCCCAGCAUUGUAAUUAUGUAAAUAAUUCUAACCCAGGAUGUGUUUAGAUUUGUAUUAACCGUCUUCUCUGGACUUCUGAAGAGACCACUCAGUCCAUCCAUGUACUUCUCUCUUGGAACCUGGUAUCAGCUGCUGUUGAAUUUUCUUAUGAAGUGCAUGCAAAACCACUUUUGAACCUUAAAAGGUAUUGGUACUAUCACAUUUUACUUUUUUCUUAGUGUUAAAGAGAUAAAAGAUAACAACCAACUUUGUUUAAUAGAUUUGGGUCCUUUUGGGUCAUUUUAAUAUUGUAGCCUAUGUUUAUAAUAAUACUACUGUUAUCAGUAAUGCUAAAUAAGUAAUAUGUAAUGUGAUUUCCCUACAGAGAAAGCACAAUUUAAAGAAAAAAACCCCUUUACUAAGUAGGUGACAAGUCUGACAGUAUUUGACAUUUACAUUAAAUAACAUAUGUUUCUUUAUAAAACAUGAUAAUAGCUUUAGUGUAUUAAAUUUAGUAAACAUAGAGAGCAAAGUAUAAGUAGUGUUGUCCAAGAAGUCAAAGUUUUUAAUUAUGUACUGAAUAGGUCCCCUAAUCCAUUCUACUAAAAACAGCUAAUAACCUCUGAAGUAAUGGGAUUAGAAACAAACAAAACCCCCACAUUCUAAAUCUUCUCAAUAGAAAGGCAAAAUCCUGUGCCCAACAUGACUUCUGCUGUGACCCAGUAGAAAUCAUGAUAAUCAGAAAAAAGACUGGAUUCACUGAGGUGUCUUUCGCGACUAAUGCUAACUUUGGUGAAUCUAUGAACCUUGAGAGUCAGAAGGAUGCCAUAACUUCAGCUCCUUUCUUUCAUCUCAUACCCUAAAGAGAAGGAGCUUGCAAACCUGAGAUCAUAGAGGUGUUUUUCAUGAAACCUUGUGUGCAUCAGCCUGGCUCUUCAGUUCUCAGGUGGAACUGGCAAUGGGAACCACUAGAUUCUGCAGAACCCAGAAAUUAUGCAUUAUUAAGUCUGAUGGAAGCAGGAAACUACGUUUUUAUAAACACCUUGGCUAUUCUGAUCAGCCAACUUUCAGAAACACUGACUUAGAUCACAGGAGGUUGCCAUGGGGGAAAAAAACAAUUUGAAAUUUGGAUCUGAUCUAGAAGUCAACCAUGCAGGAAGCCAACUAUUAAAGUACUUGGCUUCAGGUCAGUGACAUAUAUAUAUAUAUACACAUAUAUAUAUAUGUAUAUACGUAUAUAUGUAUAUAUAUGUAUGUAUAUAUGUGUAUAUAUAUGUACGUAUAUAUGUAUAUAUAUGUCAAUUGCUACCCUUAGUUUAACUUUCCAGUCUUAGCCGAGGCUGAGAAAGCUAAAUUUUUGGUUUUUGGCACAUCUUCCAAAAUUUAAGACAAAGUAAAGGUGCUGCUUCCCAUCGCAUGGAAGACUUGAACCUGUUCUCCUCCAAGGAAAAACAUGUGUAAAAAUUACCAAAUUCCACAUGCCAAGUCUCUGAAUAGCCAGGUUAAUAUUUUGGUGAAAAAGAUUGAAAAGUUUUCCUGGGAUUUUGGGUGUAAGUGGGAGGAUGAAUUGUCACAUCCAUCCAAACUGUCAAACUAGUUAGUAUGGGUUCAUUGGAAUUCUUUGCAGUAUGCUUAAUUGCUGACACCAUUAUGAAUGAAACAUGGGCUGUGAUUACAGCAAUCACUGAUGUGCUUCUGGCAGGUGAUGCUUUGGAAGAUGUAGAAGCAAUAACAAGGUACUUGACUACCUACUGGUGGAAUCUCAAUGCAAGCCCCAACUUUCUUGUCCUCCUUUUCCACAGUAUGUGUGAAGACUGAGCCAGAUUGGCCAAUUAAAAAUGAAAACCAGACUUGGUUCCAUAGAGCCAAUUAGACUUGAAAUACAUUUGUGUUUCUAGAAUCAUAGCUCAAGCAUUCUGUUUAUCACUCACUUUCCCUGUACAGCCUUAUUUUGUUGGUGCUUUGCCUUCUGAUGCUACUUUGAGUCUUGCAUGGCAUUAUGAGGCUGGAUGAAGAUUCUCAGCCUGGUGAUUUCCAGUCUGUACGAGUGCUCCUGCCUGAAAUGAUGAGGGAUUGCAUUUUUAAAAUGGUGUUUUCAAUGUUUUCCAGAUUUGUUUCCUUUUUGGCCUCCUGAAAAGUCCCCAGAAGAAAAUUUGCUAAUCCUUCCCACUUUCUAUUUUUAUGAUGACAAUCAAAGCUGGCCUGAGAAACACAAUUUGUGGUUUUUUAAAUGAUCAAUGAUAUUCUUAAAAUGUUGUCUGCCAAUCUGUACAAAAUGGUCCUAUUUUUGUAAAGAAGGACAUAAGAUAAAAUGAUGUUAUACAUCAAUAUGUAUAUAUAUAUAUUUCUAUAUAGACUUGGAGAAUACUGCCAAAACCUUUAUGACAAGCUGUAUCACUGCCUUUUUUUAUAUUUUUUUUAACUGUGAUAUUCCCUACAGGCACAUUAACUGUUGCACUUUUGAAUGUCCAAAAUUUAUAUUUUAAAAUAAUAAAGAGAAAAAUACUUACAUGUUCCCAAAACGGUGGUGUGGUGCAUGUAUGAGAGGAACUAACUUGAUGUGGGGGGGGGGUCUACCCAUAUGAAAUGUAUUACAAAUGCCCCGUUCAUGUUUUUAUUUUAAAACGUGUAAAUGAAGAUCUUUUAUAUUUCAAUAAAUGAUAUAUAUAUAUAUAUAUUAUGCUGAGGUUCCAGCAAUAUUUUUGUUUUUUAGUUUGAUCAUAAAAAUUAAAGCAAUCCUGUUCAACUUG